AUGUCUCUUCCCGACUUCUCCCAGGCUUCCAACCUUUCCAAGCUCGACGACUUCCUCGCUGACAAGUCCUACGUUGACGGCCACUCGCCCUCGCAGGCCGAUGUUGCCGUCUACGAGGCUCUCGGCAAGGCCCCUGGAGCUGACAAGUACUCUCACGUCGCCCGCUGGUACGAGCACAUCACCUCUUACGAGCAGGAGCACAAGGACUUGACUGGUGACAAGUCUAAGGCUGCCUCCCUCCUCUCCGGCGUCUUCGCCGCCCCUGCCGCUGCCGCUGCCGGUGGUGACGACGAUGACGAUGUCGACCUCUUCGGUUCCGACGACGAGGUCGACGAGGAGGCCGAGCGUAUCAAGGCCGAGCGUGUCGCCGAGUACAACAAGAAGAAGGCCGCCAAGGGUCCCGCUGCCGCCGCCAAGUCCCUUGUCACCCUCGACGUUAAGCCUUGGGAUGACGAGACCGACAUGAAGGCUCUCGAAGGCGCAGUUCGUGCUAUCGAGAUGGACGGUCUCAUUUGGGGUUCCUCCAAACUCGUCGCUAUCGGUUACGGUGUUAGCAAGCUUCAGAUGUCGCUCGUCGUCGAAGACGCUAAGGUCUCUCUUGACGAACUUCAAGAGCGCAUCGCCGACGAAUGCGAGGACUACGUCCAGUCCUCGGACGUCGCCGCUAUGGCCAAGAUCUAA